CCUCAGCCACGUCGACAACCUUAUCACCGGUGUUACCAAGGGCUUCCGCUACAAGAUGCGCUUUGUCUACGCUCACUUUCCCAUUAAUGCCUCUAUCACCAACGCUAACAAGGCCAUUGAGAUCCGUAACUUUCUGGGCGAGAAGAAGGUUAGAAAGGUGGACAUGCUUGAUGGGGUUACAGUUCUUCGUUCCGAGAAAGUAAAGGACGAAUUGGUUUUGGAUGGUAAUGACAUUGAGCUUGUGUCACGGUCAUGUGCACUUAUUAACCAGAAAUGCCAUGUCAAGAAGAAGGAUAUCAGGAAGUUUCUUGAUGGUAUCUACGUCAGUGAAAAAGGCAAAAUUGAAGAGGAAAGCUAAGCCCCUCAUAGUCUUCAAAAUUUUCCAUUUAGCUUCUCAUUUUGAAUAUUUUCUUGUCUCUUUUAAGACUUGUUAUGGAUUUAUCCAAAGAUUUUGGGGUUUCAAGCAAAAAAAAA